AUGGCCGGCCGGCCGGCGGCGGAGCGCGAGCCCGGGACGCUCGCACCACCGGCCGGCCCGCCCGAGCGCUCGGCCCCGCCCUCCCGCCGGCCGGAAGAGGCCGCGCCGCCGGGGAGAGCGGGCCGAGCCCGCCGGGGUCCAGAGGGGAGGCGCGCGAGUGCGUCGGCCCUGUCGGUCCUCGUAGUACCCGUUCCCGGCCUUUCCGGAAACCCCGCCUCCUCUCGCUGGCUGGAGUCGGUCGGCCGGCCUUCUCCGGUGCAAACCUGCGGCCGUGACCAACGACAUGGCCCUCCGCGGUUCGGCGCCCAGCCUGUCCCAUCCGACCCCGGCCCCCGCCCUGACCCACGCGGCGGCCCGAAUACUUCUGAGACUGCACUGCAAGGCAGAUGGGAUCUUAGUUCCCCAACCAGGGACCGAACCUGUGCCCCUGAACUGGAAGCAUGGAGUCCAAACCACUGGUCUGCCAGGGAAUUCCUCAGCCAAACACCAUGGAGACCUUGGAUCCUGACCCCCCAGGAUGCUGACCCCACCAGAGCUGGAAGCCAGCUUGAGCCUGGGUGUGACCAACAAACCUUUGGAUCGAAGGGGGCCUUUGGGUUUCAGCAUCCUGUGAGACUUUAUUUACCCAUUUCUAAGCGUCAAGAGUAUCUGCAGAGUUCCGGGGAGAAGGUGCUGGCCAGCUUCCCCGUGCAAGCCACCAUUCACUUCUACAACGAUGAGUCCAAUUCAGAUGAGGAGCAGGACCAAGAAGUCCAGCCCUCCGACCUUCAGUGCCAGGAGGCGCAAGACGGCCCAGGAGGAAAGGGCAGAGACCAGCUGACAGACCCAGGGUGGCACCCCGGAGGCUGCGGUGGCCUCGGUGGUAAGGGUCCGCUCCCCUACCCUGGCUCUCCGGAGGAUGCUGGGUGCUCCACAUCCAAGUAGUCUGUCUCUCCUGCACCAGACCCACCUCACAUGCGCCCUGGGGACAACCCUUGGGGACAGCCGCACCAGGACACUUUGCGUUUCAACUGGGUGUACAAGGAUUUGACUUUCUCUGGCCAGCACCCCACUCGUGGCAAGGACUCAGCUUUUACUCGUCCUUCUCCUAUUGAUUCUCUGUGCCUCAUUUGUACCUUUGAGAAAGGAUUCUAGGUCCAAGAGGUUUGCAUCCACACGGGUUGUUAUCAGGCGGGGCCAACUGUCAAAGCACGUUCAGCAAUGUCACUGUGCUGAUCGAACGACAAAUUAUUCCAUAUCGAUUAAUAACCCACCCACGCCUCUCACUUAACCUGAGACCCUUUAUUUGGCUAUUUCCACUUUUGUAAAAAUGAUUCAGGUAUUGUCCGAGGUUGAUGUGGUUGCUUAGUGACAUUCUGAAAAAAAAGUUUAUUUAUAAAAAACACACAAACACACUGAAUAAUUUCCAUAAAAGUAACAAAAAUACAAAGAUAAGGAUCUGGGGGGGGAACCAUUCUGGAUAAAAACAUGUAUGAGGCUUGUCUAAGCACUGUGUGUAUGAAUAGAGAGAUGAGCUUUAACUCUUAGCUGGGGACCACUUUGGGCUUAUUACUUGACUAGAGUAACACUGUUUUCAAUCAAAGUACCAAAUGUAAUAUUAUUUUCAGCUUUUUAUAUUUUGAUGACCAAAUGAGUGUAUUUGUCAAGAUUUUUUACUUAACUAUUUUGCAUGUUGUUGUCUUCCCAGUUUCUACUUGAAAUAAAUAUUUUGAGAG